CGAGUACGAAGAGCUUUGACGAACUGUCGUAGUUCUGUUUUGUUGUGAAUUUACGCUCAGUACUGUGGGUGUGGGAAAGUUGUGACUUUGUAAUUCGUAUUGACGUGUGGGGUGCUGGACUGCAGACACAAUGUCUCUUGAAACAAUUCCAAAAGAUCUGAGAAAUCUUAGAGCGUGUCUAGUGUGCUCGCUCAUAAAGACAUUAGAUCAAUUUGAAUUCGACGGCUGUGACAAUUGCGAUGAAUUUCUGCGUAUGAAAAACAACAGAGAUAAUGUAUACGAUUGUACAAGUGCCAAUUUUGACGGGAUGAUUGCUGCAAUGAGUCCUGAGGACAGCUGGGUCUGUAAAUGGCAGCGAAUAAAUAGGUUCACUAAAGGAGUAUAUGCAAUAUCAGUGUCUGGUCGCCUGCCAGCUGGUAUUGUGAGAGAGAUGAAGAGCCGAGGAAUCACGUAUAGAUCUCGAGACACCAGCCAACGCUGAAUUUCUAUCCUUCAGCUGGUGUGAUUUGGACUUCUGACACUUUAUAUGGACAAUGAACUUAUUUUAUUUUGAUUGUUUUCACACACGUAUGACCAAAAAGUAUGUAAAUUUCUUGAUUUUGUAAAGUUGCUACUAGAAUAAAUGACUUUCUGGAAAA